AUGGAUGCCAUCGAGGAUGGCAGUAGAAAGAAAACUGGUCUGGAAUCAGGCGAUUACGUACCUCGAAAGUUCGGAUCCAGAACAUUCGGAACACCAUCUUGCGAAUGGGCUGUUAGUACCUACUUCCACAGCUGUCCCGAUCUGUCCACGCUACAGAUAUCAUCCCUGCCGCAACCGCCGAACGGCGCGAACGACGAUCCGUCCGGCAUUGAGGGGGAACUUGUUACUGCACCACCUUCCCGCUCUACAUCGCCCGACGCCUUCAGCCUCCGCUCCGGACCCCGAAAGCUUGUGUCGACUAAGAAGCGGGUCUCAAGAAAGGCGCGCGGCGUCCUGGGCAAGGUUCGGGCCUUCCAAAGGAUCGCUGCGGCCAAAAUGGCUCAUCCCACCAUCAAGAUCGAUACAAACGUCCAAGCGACCAAGCGCGCCCUUCCCGAAGACAACGAUGAAGGCUUCGAGGUCUUAGAUGGACCCGAUCAGGAUGACCCGGGUCUGGAAGCUGGAGAUACUGAAUCCGUUCCGCCUUUUCUUUGCCAGUCCGUCUUAGAGAUCCACCAGAAAUUUGAGGAACUCGAAUGGAUACAGCGGGCACGUCUUGCAGAAGGAAUGCUCGCCAACGACCCCUCCCAUCGUUGGGCGCUGGAGGCCGAUCCGGAGGUCAAGGCAAGGAACCGAUAUAUCAAUGUGCAGGCGUGGGCAAAUUCUCGUAUUCAUCUUCAGGUAAACGAUGGCGAGUGCGAUUUUAUCAAUGCCUCGCCGAUCGCUCUGAAGGAUUCUGUGUCCCAGCAGGAGAGAAGGUACAUCGCGACGCAGGGACCGAAGGUAGGAGAUAUAUUCCACUUCUGGCACAUGGUAUUCCAUGAAACGAAGGAAGUGGGUGUCAUCGUUAUGCUUACGCAGACGUUCGAGUCCGGACGAGAAAAAUGCUCUCAGUAUUUCCCUGUCAACAGCGAUAAUUCUUUGGUACUUCUGCGGGAAGAUGAGCGUGACCCAUUUGUUAGCAAUGAGAAUCACCCGAUCGGAGAUGAAAAUGUCGUGGGCACGGUUGCGCUGCUAGAGAACGCUUUUGACGAGAAGUCUCGUUCCGAAAUCCGCAAACUACGGCUCACUUUGGGUGCCGAGUCGAAGAUCGUUUGGCAUUUUCUCUUUGCUGGUUGGGCGGAUUAUUCCAAGCCUGAAGGUGAUGACCGCAGCGCACUUCUUCAUUUGAUUGAGCAAUCAGGCUCCAAGAGCUCCCCGGAUAACCCACGUAUUGUGCACUGUAGUGCUGGUGUCGGCCGAACAGGCACAUUCAUUGCUCUCGACCAUCUGCUACUGGAGCUUCAAUCUGACCAGUUGUUGCAAGUGACUGACCCAGAGGCUGACCCAGUCUUUGAAACAGUCAACCAAAUGCGCGAGCAGAGAAUGAUGAUGGUCUACAAUGAGAUGCAGCUGCAGUUUAUUUACGAAGUCUUGCGAGAACAAACUGACCGGAAGCUUGGGAAGGUCCCUGAAAUCAACGGGCGAAAGUCCGAUGAGCGGUCCUCGAAAAUGGCCAAGUUAUCUACCGACUCCGACUACUUGCCUUCCUCGAAACCAGAGCUGGAGUCUGUCUCAGAUCGUGCCUUUACACCAACCAGAAGCUGGUCAGGAACCCCAGAAGUCUCCGACAACGAAUAA